AAGAUUUCGAUCAUUGGCAAAUUUGUGACUCCCGCCUUGCACAGCAAGAAAAUAAUUUAUCAAGCAGCCUGGUUUACUACGGCGACGCGCACGAUAUUCGCAACACCACUAGACGAACUGAUUUUCCAGAUUCAUCAAUCAGACAAGAACGACUACUGGAUUUACGACCUACAGAGAAAUUUCAAACCCGCCUAAGCGCGCGAUCUUGGGCCAACAAUCGACUUUCUCUAAUCAAUCAUAUCAAGGUCGCCCAUUAUUAUUCUCGCCCAAGAUGUCUUUAACAAACUGUCGCUUUUACGAGGAGAAGUAUCCGGAGAUCGAUAGCUUCGUCAUGGUGAAUGUCAAGCAGAUUGCCGAUAUGGGUGCAUAUGUCAAACUGCUCGAAUACGAUAACAUCGACGGCAUGAUCUUGCUUUCCGAACUCUCCAGACGUCGUAUCCGAAGUAUCCAAAAGUUGAUUCGCGUCGGUCGUAACGAGGUGGUGGUCGUACUCCGAGUCGAUAAGGAGAAGGGAUAUAUCGAUCUCUCGAAGCGUCGUGUUUCUCCCGAGGACAUCGUUAAGUGCGAAGAACGAUACAACAAGAGCAAGAUGGUCCACUCUAUUAUGCGCCAUGUGGCCGAAAAGACUCUUGUUCCUAUCGAGACUCUAUACGAGAGCAUAGGCUGGCCCCUAAACAAGAAGUACGGUCACUCCAUCGACGCAUUCAAGCUCUCUAUAACGAACCCCGACGUGUGGAGCGAUAUCACAUUCCCAAGCGAAGCGGUAGCGGAGGAGCUGAAGUCCUACAUCGGAAAGCGCCUGACACCCCAACCCACGAAAGUUCGUGCCGAUAUCGAAGUCACCUGCUUUGAAUAUGACGGAAUCGACGCCGUUAAGGCGGCUCUGAGGACAGCUGAGGCUCAAAAUACAGCGGAAAUCCAAGUGAAAGUACGACUCGUAUCUCCACCUCUCUACGUUUUAACUAGCACGUGCCUGGACAAGAGCAUCGGUAUUCAGCGACUGGAGGAGGCCAUUGUGGAUAUUCGCAGCAGUAUUACGAGCGCGGGUGGUCAACUGGUCGUCAAGAUGGAACCGAAGGCAGUCACAGAUUCGGAUGACGCAGAAUUGCAGGCAUUGAUGGAGAAACGAGAACGUGAGAACGCGGAAGUUAGUGGAGACGAGAGCGUCAGCGAGAGCGAUGACAACAUUCCCGAGACCGUGUAAGUUGUCGUUGGGUACAGAUAGGGGCAUUUCAAUUAGUUCUACAGUUCCACCGCAUGGGAUAUAGGGCUAGGUCAGGGGUACCUACCUGGAGGUCUUGACUUUUACGGGACAUAAAAGUACCUAGCAUGCGAAUAGAGCAUCGUGAUUUCGGAAUGAAAUAAAAUUGGCGAAAAUUCUACUUGUACGGUCUGAAGCUUGACAUGUGG